AUGCCGGCAGCAACCACCCAAGCCAAGUCGACCACCGAAAUUGCCAAUGCUGGGUUCUCACACAUCCAGUCGUCGAAGAGCAGCACGGUGCGUACGUCGCCCGACUUUCUCAUUCUCGUGCUCGACAUCAAUCCACUGGCAUGGAUCCGAAGAUCUGAAGCGGUAGGAAAAGGCAAGGCCAAACAAGUUUCAAGCGAUGUUGCCCUCGACGAAGCGCUGUCUGCCAUCAUGAUUCUGCUGAACGCGCACAUGGCAAUGCAGCACGAGAACGGAUUGGCGAUCUACGCGGCAGCUGGAACGGGCACUGCGCAGCUCCUCUACUCGACAGCUCCCUUUUCCGCAAGAGCAUCCGAUUCGGCAUCAAAGAGCUCGAACGCCUCGUCAAGCGUACACAAGCCCGACGCAAACACGUAUCAACAUUUCAAGCUGGUCGAUGACCACCUGGAACAAGGCAUCCGCAACACGUGCAAGUCCAUGUUCGACCGUGCCAAGCAGGCGCAGGAGGCCGUCGAUGCCAAUGCGGACAACGAAGCAAUCAAACACGCAACCCUUGCGCGCUCGGUCAAUGUGGGAAUCGUUUCCGCGCUGUCACAAGCGCUCUGUCACCUCAAUCGACUCGGACUUAGCGACGCUACCGACGCAGCCAACGCCGGCAAUGGCAUAGCUGCAACAGCACAGACACGAGCGGGCGGCGGCAAUUCUUCCGCGGGGGCCGGCGGUGGCGCAGGAGCCGGCAGCCUCGGCAGCUUCAAGUCGCGCAUCCUCAUCCUCAGCGUCACGCAGGAUGCUUCGACGCAGUACAUUCCCAUGAUGAACUGCAUCUUUGCCGCACAGAAGAAGGGCGUCACCAUCGACGUCUGCAAACUGUUUGGAAGCGAUACUGUCUUUCUCCAGCAAGCCUCGUAUCUCACUUCGGGCACCUACUUUCGCCUCGCCGAUGACCACGAAAAGGGCGGCAACGACAUGCGUUCGAACUUGGUGCAGACGCUACUCACGACCUACCUGCCCUCAAGAUCGAUGCGCGGCGCGAUGAACCUGCCCACGCUCGAGGAGAUUGAUUUCAGGGCGGCUUGCUUCUGCCAUCGCAAGAUUGUCGAUAUCGGCUACAUCUGCAGCGUGUGCUUGAGUCUGUUUUGCCAACCGCGGCCCUUUUGUCUCACGUGUCGAUCCAAGUUCCCCAAGGCGACGCUGGAUCGGUACGAAAAGGAGCUGCAGUUUACAGCAGGCGCAGCAAGUGUUGCUUCGACAUAA